CAUGUUUUUUUUUAGAGGCAAGAAGCCCGUAGAGAGCGGAUAACCAUCGCAUAGCUUUUGAAAGGAGUUUGCGUAACUAUGUUCUUUCACAUUACGUUGGAGAGGAAUAUGCAGCUCCACCCUCGCCAUUUUGGCCCUCAUCUUCGCGACAAGCUCGUUGCGAAACUCAUGAAGGACGUCGAGGGUACUUGCAGCGGAAGGCAUGGGUUCGUCGUGGCGAUAACAAGCGUAGAGGACAUUGGAAAGGGGUUGAUACGUGAGGGCACGGGCUUUGUCACUUUCCCUGUAAAGUACCAGUGCGUCGUUUUUCGCCCAUUCAAGGGGGAGAUCCUUGAAGCCGUCGUCACUAUGGUUAAUAAGAUGGGUUUCUUUGCUGAGGCUGGUCCUGUGCAGAUCUUCGUGUCAAAUCACCUCAUCCCAGAUGAUAUGGAGUUUCAGUCGGAAGAUGUGUCUAACUACACAACCUCUGAUGGCUCGGUCAAAAUCCAAAAAGAUAGUGAGGUGCGGUUAAAGAUCAUUGGUACUCGAGUUGAUGCCACGGAAAUUUUCUCCAUUGGCACUAUCAAAGAUGAUUUCUUAGGCGUCAUCAAUGAUCCUGGUGCAGCUUCCUGAGACCCUUUUGGUUAUUCUGCAUCAUUCAAACAACAAUAUUAAGUUCUUCGUCUUCCAUAUCGCAUUAAGUUCAAUUUUGAUUUCCCAACCUUUUUCUGAUUGGAAACUUUCCUGUUAUUGUAAGAACAGGUCUCUGUUAAUUACCUUGACUUAAAUUUUGUUUGUUGAAUAAAUAGGACGAACAGGAGCAAAGCUUGGUUUGAAUAGAUUGUUUUAGCCUAUUA